GCAAAAUGUACUUAAUUUUUAAUUACUGGCAAUUGGCAUCGCGAUUCCGGUGUUGAUUUCAGUUUUUAGUAUAAAUUUGUAAAUUGUCAGCAUCCGAUAUUCUGUACAAAAAUUUGUAAGAUAUUUAUACUUUAAAAAAUUAAAUUUAAAUACAUAAUAAAUAUAAGAACAUAUUCAAAAUGCCACCGAAUGAGUUAGGAAAUGAAGAGGAAGUCGUUAAUGAGUUUAUGAAAAUAAUGAUAGCGACUGAUAAUCAUUUGGGUUAUCUAGAAAGAGAUGAUAUCAGAGGUGAUGAUAGUUUUGUGGCAUUUGAAGAAAUUCUUGAAUUAGCUGUGGAAAAUGAUGUUGAUUUUAUAUUACUUGGGGGUGAUUUAUUCCAUGACGCAGUUCCUUCCCAAAACGCUUUAUACAAGUGUAUGAGACUUUUAAGGAGAGUAACAUUUGGAGACAAACCAAUUUCAUUGGAAUUUUUAAGCGAUCAAAGUGUUAAUUUCGUAGAUGCUCUUAACCAAACUGUGAAUUAUGAAGAUCCUAAUUUAAAUAUAUCCAUUCCAAUAUUCUCAAUUCAUGGUAAUCAUGAUGAUCCUAGUGGUUUUGCUGGUUUAAGUUCAUUGGAUAUAUUAUCUACAAAUGGUCUAGUGAACUAUUUUGGGAAAUCUACUGAUUCACAAAAAAUUAUAAUUAACCCUAUACUCUUAAAGAAAGGUGAAACACAAUUAGCGUUGUACGGUUUAAGUCAUAUACGAGAUGUUAGAUUAGCCAGAUUGUUUCGUGAUUCAAAAGUUGUCAUGGAAACUCCACCGGAAUCAACCGGCAAAUGGUUUAAUUUGAUGGUUUUACAUCAAAAUAGAGCAGAUCGAGGACCGACAAAUUAUUUACCAGAAAAUAUUUUACCUAACUUUUUAGAUCUUGUAAUAUGGGGUCAUGAACAUGAUUGUCGAAUUGUCCCAGAAGUUAACGAUGAACAGGAAUUUUAUGUUUGUCAACCGGGAUCAUCAGUAGCAACUUCUUUAUCAGAAGGCGAAGCUAGACCUAAACAUUGCGCUAUUUUAAAAAUAUAUAAAAGCAAAUUUGAUAUAGAAAGGUUGCCUUUGAAAACUGUUAGACCAUUUAUCUUUAAAUCUAUUGAUCUCGCCGAGUAUAUUGAAGAGUAUCAUCUAGAUGAAGGUGGGGCAGAAGAAAAAGUAACAAAUUUAGCAAGAAAAAUAAUUGAAGAAAUGAUUAACGAAUCUCAGGAACAAAUUAGUGGCCAUCCCAAACAACCUACUUUACCAUUAAUCAGAUUAAGGAUGGUGUAUACAGAUGAGCAACAAAUGUUUAAUACUAUAAGAUUUGGUCAGCAAUAUAAUCAAAGAAUUGCAAACUCCAAUGAUUGUGUUUUAUUUAAAAGAGGAUUCAAAAAAUUAAAAGAAAAUGAUCCUGAAUUUGAUAAAUCUGCUAUGGAGAAAAUUAUGGAAACUGAGGACCUUGUUAAAGUUGAGGACAUUGUUGAACGAUAUUUUGAGGAAGCUGAUGACCAAAAGAAGCUCCAAAUUUUUCCAACAAAAAUAUUGUCGGAAAUGUGUUACAGAUUAGCAGAAAGAAACGACAUUGAUGCUGCCGAGACCAUUGUGAACCUUUACAAAGAAAAAGCAUUAUCUCAUUUAAUGGAAAAGCUUCCAAAUGAAGAGGAAACUAAGCAAGAGUUAACUGAUUUUAAGGAAAAUAAAGCAAAUGAAAAUUAUGAAAGUAUUUUAAAUUCCUUGGAACAAGGAUUAACAAAAAAAUUGAAAAUUGCGGAAGAAGAUGAUGUAAUCGAUGAUGAUGAAGUUAUGUUUGUAAGUGAAAGAGAUCCAUUAGAUGAAACGGACUCUAAAAGAAAUACCCGAGCAUCUGCAAAAACUACCUCAACACGCGGGAAAGGACGUGGUAAAGCAGCCCCAGCAAGUAAGAAAAUGGAGUUAGAUGUUAGUACAGUUUCAAAAAAAACAACUAAGCCAUCACCAAGAUCAAAGCAACCCUCAAUUAAGGAUUCCUUUUCAGAUAUACCUGAACGUGUACAACCAACACAAAGUCGAACCAGUAGACGUCAACAAGCUAAAAGAGUCAUAUAUGAAAUAGAAGAUUCUGAUUAAGAUUUUAAAAAUCUUCAAAAAAAUUUAUAUAAAAAUAUAAGGUCAAAAUUUGAAUCUUUUAUAAAUACAUACAAUAAAAAUAUACAAACAAUAAUAAAAGAACAUAAUAUAUUAAGAAUUCUAUUAAUUUU